AUGGUGGGUUUAAUCUGGCGCUCUGUGGAUUUUCCAGGAAAACUUUCAUUUGCUCCAAACCUCCUAUUGGACAAGAACCAGGGGCGUUGUGUGGAAGGUUUGGUUGAGAUUUUUGAUAUGCUGGUCACUACAGCUACACGUUUCCGGAUGAUGAGGCUCCGUGGGGAGGAGUUUAUCUGUUUGAAAUCUAUCAUUCUUCUCAAUUCUGGUGUAUAUACCUUUCUGUCUAGUACCUUAGAAUCUUUAGAAGACACAGACCAAAUUCAUUUGAUUCUGGACAAAAUCAUAGACACAUUGGUGCAUUUUAUGGCUAAAACUGGACUCUCUCUUCAACAGCAGCAAAGACGACUGGCUCAACUGCUUCUGAUACUUUCACAUAUUAGGCAUAUGAGCAAUAAAGGGAUGGAGCACCUGUACAGCAUGAAGUGCAAAAACGUAGUGCCGCUAUAUGACUUGCUGUUGGAGAUGCUGGACGCACAUCGCAUGCAUACACCCAAAGAAAAAUUUGUAACUCAAGAGGAAGAUAGCCGUAGUCCACUGACUGCAGCCCCGACUACUUCACCCUGCUUGCAGCCUUAUUAUGUAAAUAGGGAGGAAACAAGUUUGCAAAACUCAUUAUGA